AUGAUGUUAGCGCUGUUGAAGGCAACUAGGUCAAAUGGACGCUCCUCCUUCAAACAAUCUUCGUACGCAGCAUGGAGAAGACAUUUUGCAACUCCAGCCGCAUCUGUACAAGUUCCGUUAAGUCCUUUGGAGCCGUACAACCCAUUAGAUUAUGGAUCGCGACUACAAGCCCUUCAUGACCUGCAAAAGUCCAAUAAACGACCCCUGACUCUCUCCGAAAAGAUCCUAUACAGCCACCUAGUCCCCGGCAAAGAUGGGUGGUCGCUCGACGAAAUACAUCGAGGCAAGACAAUAUUGCGCCUGCGGCCCGAUCGAGUAGCAUGCCACGAUGCCACAGCAACAAUGGCCUUGCUUCAAUUCAUUAGCGCUGGUCUUCCACGCGUCAGAGUUCCGACAUCCGUUCACAGUGACCACCUGAUCGUUGCCGAGAAAGCGACCACGAAGAGUGUAUGCUUUCUCGGUAGUGCGACGAAGAAAUACGGAAUCGGGUACUGGAAGCCAGGAGCGGGAAUUAUACACACAACCAUCUUCGAGAACUACGCAUUCCCAGGCGGCCUGAUGAUUGGCACGGACUCGCACACACCGAAUGCCGGAGGAAUGGGCAUGCUAGGUAUCGGUGUCGGUGGAGCCGAUGCUGUCGAUGCAAUGUCUGGUAUGCCGUGGGAGCUCGUCUGUCCAAAGGUCUGCGGCGUGCGCCUGACCGGCAAACUCCAGGGAUGGAGCUCGUCAAAGGACAUAAUCUGCCCUCACUGCACCGAAACGCUGGGAGCUACGGCGAUGGCAACCGUCUGCAACAUGUCUGCCGAAAUUGGGUCAACAUCUUGCGUGUUCCCUUACUCUGAAGCGAUGUCGCGAUACCUAUCAGCCACGAAUCGGAAGAAUAUCGCCGACUAUGCCGAUAUUUUCAAACAGCCACUCCUUCUUGGAGACGAGGGUUGCGACCGCUACUACGACGAAAUAAUCGAGAUAGACCUCUCGACCCUUGAGCCUCACAUUAAUGGCCCCUUCACCCCGGACCUGGCACACCUAUCUCAAUUCAAACGACAUGUCAGCGAUUGCACCAAUAGCUCGUACGAAGAUCUAGAAAAGGUUCGCCAUCUCGUCGUGCAAGCCAGAGAAGCCGGGCUAGAGAAGACAAAGACGCGAUUCCUAGUUAGCCCAGGAAGUGAGCAAAUCCGUGCUACGGCAGAGGAGGAAGGGAUUCUCGAUACGCUCAGACAAGCUGGAGCAGUUGUUUUGAGUAAUUCCUGUGGCCCAUGUGUCGGGCAAUGGGAUCGGGAAGACGUCGAUGUCAAGAACGCCGAAAGGAACUCGGUCAUUUCCAGCUUCAACCGCAACUUCACAGGUCGCCACGACAGCAAUCCGGCCACUCAUUCUUUUGUCACAUCACCUGAGCUCGCCGCAGCAUUUGCCUUCGCUGGCAAUCUCACGUUCAACCCCAUGACUGAUGACAUACCCAUACCCGGUCCAUAUGGUGCUCCCAAGAAAUUCCGCUUCACGCCCCCUCAAGCUGCCGAGCUCCCGGUCAUCUUCUCUCCAGGCGACGACCGUUUUCAACCUCCUGUACUAUCAGACACAACGGAAUUGAAAGUCAGCAUCCUCCCUUCCAGCGAUAGACUCCAGCUCCUGACACCAUUUAACGGAUGGCGAGUCGGCCAAGCGCGUGGCAUGAACAUCCUGAUCAAGGUGCGUGGCAAAUGUACGACAGAUCACAUCUCGCCCGCUGGUCCUUGGUAUAAGUACCGGGGCCACCUGGAGAACAUCAGCAACAACAUGCUCCUCGGAGCCACCAAUGACUUCUUAGCCGACGCCAGCUCAUUGAACGUGAUUGGUAAAGCCAUGGAUCCGGUCGAUGGCCAAAUCAAACCCGUGCCUCAAGCUGCGAGAAGCAUGAAGAGCGCCGGCAUCAGGUGGUGCAUCAUCGGAGAUGACAAUUACGGCGAAGGAAGCUCGCGAGAACAUGCUGCGCUGGAGCCGCGAUAUUUGGGUGGUGUUGCCGUCAUUGCCAAGAGCUUUGCCAGAAUUCACGAGACGAACUUGAAGAAACAGGGCAUGUUACCGCUUACGUUCAGUGAUCCCGCAGACUACGGCAAAAUACAGAAGGGGGACCAAAUUACGCUUGUAGACGUCGAAGAUGCUGAUCUGCGGCCCGGAAAGCAGGUGACCAUGGAGGUCGUCACCCUACAAGGCUCCAGGUGGACGGCCAAAUUGAAUCACAGUUUCGAAACCAAUCAGAUUGAAAUUGAAUGGUUGCGGGCGGGAGUGCGCUCAACCACAUCAAGCGCGUUGCACUUCGCGGCGAAGCAUGAUUAUACCUUAUCGGCGUUAGCCCCGAGACCCUAG